GGACAACGGACAGUCCGAAUCGGAACCUUCCGAGCUGGGCAAGCUGCAGUUACGGGGCGUGCGCAAGAACAACAGCUCCCAGUCAGGCAGUCAGGAUGAAACAGCCACUUCACCACUCAGUCAUCCCUUGCGUCCAUUCUCCUUCGCUACCUACCUAUCGGCAUCAACGUAGUCAGAGUUGAAGUGGGCCUUGGUGCAUGUACGAUGUGCACUAUGGCCAACGUGUCGGCGCAUUCCUUCGAGUACCCUCCUCGGCUUUCAACCCCGGUGUUGUACGUGAGUCUAAUCCAGGGACUGCCUGGUCAAGGCAAGCAGGAAUGUUUGGCCCCUCUAAUCUCGGCUCAAACAAGCGAUUAAAUCAACCCUGCUGCGACAUCCUACCGAUGCCUUUGCUGUUUGUGCUCUCUCUCUCUCUCUUUCUCUCUCGCUCUCCUCUCCUCUCUCUCUCUCGCUCUCUCUCGCUCUCGCUCUCUCUCUCUCUCUCUCUCGCUCGCUCUCUCUCUCUCUCUCUCUCUCUCUCCCUCGCUCUCUCGCUCUCUCUCUCUCUCUCUCUCUCUCUCUCUCUCUCUCUCUCUCUCUCUUUCUCUCGCUCUCGGCACGGCGGAAACGUCGCGUCUCACAUUUCCGCAAGGAAAUCGGUUCUGGCUGUAAUGAUUCCUCUACUGCCGCGGGAACCACCGGAUUUUUCCAUCCAAUUUGAUGUCGUGGAAUGUGUAACGGGCACAGGUACUGUCUCGGACAUGGGGGGGUGUGGGGGGUGAGUGUCGCAAGUCGUGUGUAACGCAAUAUCAAGUGUAAUGGUUGGGGGAGAGCGGGGG